AACCCGGAUAAAAAAUCAAUUUUUCAAAACCAUUAUUUUUCACUUUCUUAGUACCUAUGCAAAUACAGGCUUUUCGAUUUAUUUCAACAGUUGGCAUUACUGAACUUUACGAAUUAAGAAGAACUUAUCAGAGAACUGUUACCGCGGCAACGAUUCGAAUUUGCUAUCGAUUAAACAUGGCGGGCAAGGGUAAAAAGAAAAAGCCGAAAGUUAACAAAAACGGCGACAAGAACAAGAAGAAGGGACCGGCGAAGCCGAAGAAGUCUGGAGGUAGAAAAUCGCGCUCCAAAAGCGCCAGAUGCAACGUGGACAUUUUUACGGAGGCGGCGAUGGAAAACGCUUACGCCACCUGCCAUAACGUUCAGGACUUGCUCAAGUGGCGAGGGUUCCCUUGGCCGGACGGACAGAAAAAGAAAAAGAAGGGCAAGAAGUGAUUCGAAUAAAAAUUGUCAAAAGUACGAAAUCGAAGUAAAUAAAACCGUUUCGU